CAAAUGUACCAGAUCAAGCAGUGAAAGCGCCUCAGAGCGUCGGGUAUGGAUAUGUGCUGCAUGAUGACAAAACUAUGUCGCAGCUUUUGAACUCUUCUUCUUUUCUUUCUUCUCCUUUUUCGCCCCCUCUUUCGCCACCACCUCCUCACCUUUCGACUUCUCCUUUUUACUCUUCUUCUUCCCCUCGGUCGUCUGUACGGGCACGUUCGCGUCGACGGUCGCUAGCUCAGGGGCAUCUUCGUCCCCUGUCUUCGAUUUUGAUUUUGACUUCGACUUUUUCGCCUUCCCCUUUCCAUCUUCUGCACCCUCGCCACCCACCUCCACCACCUCUGCACCCUUGGCAGCAUCACCGUUCACCGUAGGCACCACAGGAUGGUCGCCGUUCUCCUUCACUCCUUUCUUCGACUUCUUCCCACUGUGCUUCGCGUCCUUGAUGUCGGCAGGCCCAUCGCCAAGCGCACCACCAGCCUCUCCUUUCGCUCCUGCCACGCCGUCAUCCUUGUCCUCUCGCCUCCGCUUUCUCGACUUCUUGCCCUCCUCCUUCGCGCCCUCCCCGGCAUCGGCGGCAGCGCCGCUGGCAUCCUCGGCUCGCUUGCGCUUCUUAACCUUCUUCUCCUCCUUCGCGGCGUCCUCCUUGCCAGCCAGCACACCAGCAUCACCAACGGCGCCAAUAGCGUCGGCCGCAGCAUGAGCGCGACCAUCAGCAGCACCGAUGCCCUCCUCCGCCCGCUUGCCCUUCUUCUUCUUCCCUUCCUCCGCCCGUUCCUGGGGAGAUGCUGCGGCCUCCUCUUGCGCACCACUAGCAGCGCUUUUAGUCUUCUUGCGCUUCCGCUUCUCCGCGCCGUCCUCGUCCGCACCCUCCCCGGUCGUCUGCUCCUGAGCGCGCUUCUUUUUCUUCAGCUUCGCCUCCGCUGCCGAUUCGGCUUGGUCCUCCGCCUUUGCGUUUGCCUUGCCAGCUGCAGCGCGCGAUGGGGCGGGCUCGUCGUCCGCCGCCUUGUCUUUUCGACUCCGCUGCCGCGAUUGUUUGUCUUCGUCAACAGGCUCGCUCUCGGCUGGGCGCUGCGCAUCCUUCGCCCGCUUCUUCUUAUCCUUCUUGGACUCGCUAUCCGCCACCUUGUCCGCAGGCUGCAGCAGAGGCUGCUUUUCUGGCGGGGCGGAGGGAAGGAGGAGGGGCGCCGCUGGUUCGGUCUGAAGGUGCAGUGAGUGUUCGUGUGGGGAUUGUAGACAAGGAGGGAAAAGAUUGAGACGAGAUCGAUCCCAGUAGACGUAGAAAGGGAGUACGAACAAUUUUCUUCUCGUCGCCACUGGAUACGCUCCCCAUCCGCGAUGGGGCGCCUAGCGGCGUAGCGUUCUGGCCGGUGCCCUUGUAUGAAGGCACCGAGUAGCCACCGCGCCCUCCGCGAGCGCCGCCUCGCCCGCCUCGCCCAGCGUAUCCGCCCCGGCCCCGCCCAUUGCUGGUCCAGCCGUUACUGUUGUUCCAGCCAUUUUGUUGCGAACUAUCGCCGUUGUCAGUAUCUCGGCCUGCAUUGUCUCCUCGGGUAGGACCACCCCGUGUUCCCCCACGCCCCCCACCGCGAUAUAGGCUCUUCUGGUACUUCUCCGCCUCGGAGAUGCACGACGUGUGGCCCUUGUACUCCGCCGGAGAGUUGAACGUCGUGCUGCAGUCGAUGCAGUCGAACGCGGAGUAGCACCGCGAGUAGUGCUGGUCAAGUUUGGGCUUCUUGACGGUAUCAUUGCAUCCUGCGCAUUGGAAAGAAACCAUGGCAGUGCUCUUCGGACUGGGACAAGCCUAAGAAUCGGUGGUGGACUGGCACUUGGUCGGAC